UCUCAGUGUGAAAUUUGACCAUUCGGCAAGUCUCCGUCUGGAUUUCGUACAUAAAUCAAAAUUUCAAAAUUUCCAGUCUCUCUGGCCUAAAUCUUGGCUGCUGCACUGAAUCAACAAGCAUGGCAUCUGGAAUCAAUUUGAGCCGCGAGUGCCAGCAAGUGUUCGAGCAGAUCCGGAAGCUGAAGCAGCACCGCUACGCUGUCUUCGUCAUCCAGGACGAGCGGGAGAUCAAGGUGGAGGCGCUGGGAGUUAGGGAGGCGAACUACGACGAUUUCCUGACGCAUCUGCAAUGGGCCGGACCAAAUCAGUGCCGCUUCGCCGUCUACGACUAUGCGUACCAGCACCAGUGCCAGGGCACGAUGUCCACUUGUCUGAAGGAAAAGCUGAUCCUGAUGCUCUGGUGUCCCACGCUGGCCAGGAUCAAGGACAAGAUGCUCUACUCCAGCACAUUUGCGGUGCUCAAGCGGGAGUUCCCUGGCGUCCAGAAGUGCAUCCAGGCCACCGAACCAGAGGAGGCUUGCCGCAAUGCUGUCGAGGAGCAGCUGCGCUCCUUGGACAGGGAGUAGUCCUGCUGCUCCUGCAACUUCUGCUCCUCCUACUCAUUUUUGAAAUAUAGUACGGCUCAUUCAGUCGGCAGUCGA